AUGUCCGACUACGAGGAUGAAAUGGAUGUGGAUGCGCCCUCCAAGGACGUACAGUUCAGCUCAGAGAAUGCCAGUGGGAAAAAGAGGACGGCGGCCGACCUGCCCAUUCAAGCUCAAGACAACCUCCCUUGGGUUGAGAAAUACCGCCCAAAUACCUUAGACGAUGUCUCGGGUCAUCAAGACAUUCUCGCCACGAUCAACAAAUUUGUUGAGAAGAACCGACUACCUCAUCUACUCCUCUACGGCCCCCCUGGAACCGGAAAGACCUCCACCAUCCUUGCGCUCGCGCGGCGGAUAUACGGCACGAAGAAUAUGCGGCAGAUGGUGCUUGAACUCAAUGCCAGUGACGACCGUGGCAUUGACGUUGUCCGAGAACAGAUUAAAACCUUUGCUAGCACGAAACAAAUCUUCUCCAUGGCUCCCGCGGCAACAGACGGCAACUCUGCCCUCGCCGGCUUCAAGCUGAUUAUUCUCGACGAGGCCGAUGCCAUGACAUCCACAGCACAGAUGGCCCUGCGCCGUAUCAUGGAGAAAUAUACGGCGAACACGCGGUUCUGCAUCAUUGCCAACUACACACACAAACUCUCUCCCGCACUUCUCUCACGAUGUACCCGAUUCCGAUUCAGUCCUCUCAAAGAAGCCGACAUUCGAGUGCUAGUAGACCAAGUGAUUGAGAAAGAGAACGUUCGAAUCCAACCCGACGCAGUGGACAGUCUAGUAAGACUCAGCAAGGGCGAUAUGCGAAGGGCGUUGAACGUCCUUCAGGCCUGUCAUGCCAGUAGUAUACCAUUGCCCAUGCGCGAUGCCCCCAAGGCACCUUUACCCGAACCCGAAAUGAUCACCAACGCCACAAUCUACGACUGCAUUGCGGCGCCCCAUCCGGCCGACAUUCAGGAGAUUAUGAGCACUAUUCUUUCCACCAGCGACGUGACCUCGUGUCUCAACACCGUGAAUACGCUCAAAUCUACAAAAGGUCUAGCGUUGGCUGAUAUUCUGUCCGCUCUGGCGGAUCAAUUGCAGCGGUUAGAAGUGCCGGCGCAGACACGUAUCACUUGGUUGGAGGGACUGGCCGAAAUCGAGUGGCGUUUAUCUGGUGGCGGAUCUGAAGCGGUUCAGACUGGUGGAAUGGUUGGUGUGGUGCGAAAUGGCUGCGAAUUGAUGGGUGAUAAAGGCAUCGCCAUGGCAUGA